AUGUUUCCGCGAGCGCUGGUGCCACUUUGCUUCAAACACGUGUGGCCGCUGCCGCGUGCCGGCCACGUGCAGCUGUACACAUCGCAAUUCCUGAGCCGGCAGUGGCACAGCGCGGCGUUUACACAUCGCAUCCCCUCCUUGACUCUCCGAGCGGCGCCGCGCGCGCCGCUUCCGUGGUCAGUGGGCCAGAUCAGACAUUUUGCAGGUAGGCAGCGCGGGCUAAAACGGCGUAAGAGCAAGAGCGAGCCCCGCAGAAUCCAGCGUGCGGUCGGCCGACGCUUAGAGCUCUUCUACCCUAAGCGCGCCCGUAGGACCCGUAUCCGCCUCGUCCAGAACUCGCGCGGCAACGUUAUUUUUGACCCCGUGUUGCGGCGAUUCCUCGUUGUCUAUUACAAGCAGGGAGUCCAGGUGUUCCGCCAGUUCCGGGCGACUGGCUCCAGGUUCGAGAUAGCACGCUCCCGGGCCAUCGCAUUUGCACGCCAGAUGGCUGAUGAACAUCUACGGCGUUACCGAGCACGACCAGGCGUUAGUGAGGACGCUUCGCCAUCUCCCGUUGGCUCCAACAUCAUCAACCUGGAAAAUAAGCUGCAACCAGACAGCAACCUAAGUGGCGUUCGCGGCGUUUUCUUCGACGCCAAGUCCGGUUCGUGGGUCGCAGCGUACAAGGACGCAGGGGUGCGUAAGUACCGGCUGUUCCCUACUCGCGAGUUGGGCUUUCAGAACUCCUACUCGCAGGCCGUUGAGUUCCUGCGCUUUGCGCUCUAUCGUAACCACCAGUUCCUGCACCGCAGGACACGCACGCGCAAAAAUAGGCCUGUGCUUAAGCCUUGA